CCCUUAUUUAUUAAGUUAUAACCACGGGAUCUCAGUCUUUAUCAGGCAGAGCUUAGACCUGGGAAGCAUUCAUCCUAUCCAAUUUGUCAAACUUCGACCAGAGCGUUGAAUAAAAACCCAAAAUCUCCAAUCACCUGCAAACUCCUACCCACUCUCUUCAGAUUCAUCCUUUGGAUAUCUGAGGGAUUUAGGAUCUAUUGACUGAGGUUUUGCAAUAAAUGGUAUUCUUGACUCGCUGCAAUUCUAUACUGUAUAGCUGCAAAUUUGUGCGAUUUAAUGGAAUUGAUGUGAUUUCUUUUCUCAUCCAAAUGUUGCUAUAGAUAGCAUAAUUUAAAUUACUCGAGUUGUGGCUGUAAGGAGGCAGGAUUUCGUAUAGCGUAUUAAAAGAUGAAGCGCGUUUCGCCACUCUUCUUGGCACUUUUAGUCCUAGGAUUUUUCUUUGCAACAUAUAAUUUGUCGACUAUGAUAAUACACUACAAGACCUCAAGUUCAGAAAAUUGGGAUUUAUCCGAUCCUAUUAUUGGAAUGCAUGAGAACUUAAAGGAAGGUGGGGAUUCUAAUUCAAAGUACCAUGUUGCUCUCACAGCAACUGAUGCUCCCUAUAGCCAAUGGCAGUGUCGCAUUAUGUAUUAUUGGUACAAGAAGGUAAAAGAUAUGCCCAGAUCAGAUAUGGGAAAGUUUACUCGAAUUUUGCAUUCAGGGAAGCCUGAUAGUUUGAUGGAGGAGAUUCCAACUGUUAUCGUGGAUCCUCUUCCGGAGGGUUUAGAUCGGGGUUAUAUUGUCUUAAAUAGACCAUGGGCUUUUGUGCAAUGGUUGGAAAAAGCAACAAUUGAUGAAGAAUACAUUCUAAUGGCAGAACCUGAUCAUGUAUUUGUAAAUCCUUUGCCUAACUUAGCUCAUGGAGACCAUCCAGCAGGGUUCCCUUUUUUCUACAUUAAGCCUGCUGAACAUGAGCAUAUCAUUAGGAAGUAUUAUCCCAAGGAGAAGGGUCCUGUGACAGAUAUUGAUCCAAUUGGCAAUUCUCCUGUGAUUAUUAGAAAGUCUGCACUGGAGGAAAUCUCACCUACAUGGAUGAAUGUUUCUUUAAGAAUGAAAGAUGACCCAGCAACUGAUAAGGCAUUUGGAUGGGUGCUAGAAAUGUAUGCCUAUGCUGUGGCAUCAGCACUGCAUGGUGUGCGGCAUAUACUUCGUAAAGACUUCAUGCUCCAGCCACCAUGGGAUUUGGAAGUAGGGAAAAAGUUUAUAAUCCAUUAUACUUAUGGAUGUGACUACAAUUUAAAGGGAGAAUUAACAUAUGGAAAGUUUGGAGAAUGGCGUUUUGACAAGAGAUCAUAUCUUAGUGGGCCUCCACCAAGAAACCUCUCUUUGCCCCCUCCAGGUGUUCCCGAAAGUGUAGUGAGGCUUGUAAAGAUGGUGAAUGAGGCUACUGCCAAUAUUCCCAAUUGGGACACUUUAAAUCGUGGCUGAGAUCUAACCUAAUUAGUCUUACUGAUAUCAAGCUCGUUCAAAAGAGAGUUAUCAACACUAAAUACAGGUAGUGAGACAGCAGUAUAUAUAGAGAAGGAGAUGUUUACAAGUUAAAUGAGGGAUUUAUCAUUUUUUACACUUCUUAUUAUAACCAUGAAUGCCUACAAAUAUUUUUUGUGUACCUCUUAAGCAUGAUGUCUAUUUAUUAAAGUUUUCUUGUGAAGUUUUGCUGACUGUAAAUCAAAUAUACCUUUCGAAAUUUUAA